AUGGAGCUUCAACUGCGCGUCCUAGACUUCUGUUCUGCGCCUACGCUCUAUCAGAUGAUGCACACAUCCAUGCUUCUUCGCGUUGAAGCUGCGAAACGCUUUUGGUCAGAACCAGAUGCAUACUAUCUCGUCGAGGCCCACUGGCUCUUUAGAGGUGGGCACCCAGGCUAUACAUACUACGACCUGUCCUUUAUGGCUUACGUGCAAAAUUUGGAGAUCGAGGACAACGAUAAGUCCGUUGUUGACUCUAAUUUUGACGGCGUAGGUGGAAUAGAGCUUUAUUACGACAAGGCCCGAGAGUUUUGGAGGACCUUUCGAAUGAGAUUUCCCCAUGCGAAAAGGGUGGUUGUUAACAGCAAUAGGGAAAAGAGGUACGAGAGAUAUCAAAACGAUGAGCCUAUUGCAUAUGCUCUAAAGAUACUUGUCGAGACAUGCCCAGUUGACCUGGAGAUUUCGGUUUUUGUACUGGUAGAGAUAAUCGUCUUAUAG